UUACAUCUGAAUUUCUCGGUCAUCGUUUCAGAAAGUUAUCUUGUUUUUUACAAUUGAAUAGAUUGUUAGACUCAUAAAACCGAUACAGUGUGGACAUUUAGCAUUUGUGCAUCAAUUAACGAUGUCGGAAAACACAGAAGCUCCGUUUAGUACUGUUGAAAUCAAUAGUGAAAACAGGGAUGAUGAAGAUCUAUUCGCUUCAGCGGUACAGGAAGUCAGCCUUGAUCCUGACGUGAAUGGAGUCAGGGAGACUCUGGAAAACACCAACAUCGGGGAGAUAUCAACAUCCGACAUGGGCAGUCCAAUCAUGGAAGAGAUUGCAACAGAAAGAGCUAAUAAUAUAAUAAUAACAGUAACUGAACCUCAAAAGAUUGGUGAAGGCAUGAUGAGUUCUUAUGUUGCGUACCGAGUUCUCACCAAAACAAAUAUGCCGAUAUUCAGCAAGCAAGAGUUUGCUGUUCUCAGGCGUUUUAGUGACUUCCUCGGGCUACAUGAGAAACUGACAGAAAAAUAUCUACGCUCCGGUCGCAUCAUACCACCAGCGCCUGAGAAGAGUAUUGUGGGAACAACAAAGCUCAAGAUGACGUCAACACCAUCCACGGAGGCAGCGAACGGAUCCAACAUGGCGGCGAACGUGCAGUCGCAGUUCGUGGAGCGGCGGCGCGCGGCGCUUGAGCGGUUCCUCAACCGGGUGGCGCAGCACCCCGUGCUGUGCAUUGACCCCGACUUCCGCAAAUUCCUCGAGUCCGACACGGAGCUGCCAAAAGCGACGAGCACGUCAGCGCUGAGCGGCGCGGGCAUGCUGCGGCUGUUCAACAAGGUGGGGGAGACAGUCAACAAGAUCACCUACAAGAUGGACGAGUCUGACCCUUGGUUCGAGGAGCGCAUAGCCCGCGUCGAAUCUCUAGAGGCGGGGCUUCGUCGUCUAUGCGGCGCGUGCGAGGCGCUGGCGGGCGAGCGGCGCGAACUGGCCGCGAGGGGACACGACGCGGCGCGCGCGUUAGCUGCCGCGGCCGCUGCGGAUCCGCACGCACCGCUGUCCAGAGCUCUGUCACAUCUGGCUGAUCUGCACGAGAAGAUAGAGCAUUUGAGAAAUGAACAGUCCAACACUGAUUUCUACGUGCUGACUGAACACAUAAAAGACAACCUGGGGCUCAUCGGAGCUAUCAAGGAUGUGUUCCAUGAGAGAGUAAAGGUAUUCCAAAACUGGCAACACGCUCAAAUGCAGCUGACCAAAAGGAGAGAGAACAAGGCUAAGGCCGAGCUCGCCAACCGCCAGGAAAAGAUUGAACAAGCCGCCAAUGAAAUUGUUGAGUGGGAAGCCAAAGUGGAGCGUAAUCAAGCGGAGUUCGAUCUCAUAUCUCGCGUGAUCAAGAAGGAGUUGGAACGGUUUGAGGAGGCGCGGGUUGAGGAGCUGCGAGCUACUGUGCUGCGGUACCUUGAGGAGCAUAUGAGGCAUCAGGCACAGGCCAUCCGAUACUGGGACGCGUUUCUGCCGGAGGCGCGCGCCAUCAAAUGAGUGGGAGACUGACGUAGGUUCCCAGAGUUAGUCCUAAACUUCGCCAAACUCGACAACUCGCCAAAAGCAACAACAGUUUUGAGGUUCGUCCACUCGACAAUAGAUGGCGCUUCUGUAAAAAAAAUUUUCGACAUUUAUAUUUCCAUUCUAUGCAGGGCCAAUGGUUGGUAGUCAUGAUAUUAUUGACACCUUAGAUUUUUGUUAAAAAUGCCAGGAAUUUCGAAAUAUAAUUGGGUGUUUUACCAUCGAUAUCUCAACUCGUCAGUUUUAUGAUAAAAAUAACAAAAUAUAAAAUAUAUUGCAGCGCCAUGUUUUGUGAAUGAGACUCCUUAAGACUGCUUAACGUUAUAUUGUUUUUAUUCAUUCCAAAACAUAAGGCUAAGAUUAUCACAGAGAGCCUUACAACUUAUUAAUUUGAACAUAUUUUUAUUAUCUUGUCAAUUUUGCCAUAACGAAAUCCAUCAUAAUAUUAUAUCAAUUUCUUAAGGCACUAUAAUGUUCGUUUUCACCAACAGCUACCAAACACUAAAUCUUUUAUAGACCCAUAAUAUUGUAUUAUUUAAUAUAAAAGCGUUUUCACCGAUGCAUUAUGA